AAAUACAAAAUUCAAAUGACAGAUGUUUUGUGGUUGUGGACUUUUUUAUGAGUGUGGUUCUCUAUCAACGUGAUUUUUGUUAUGUUUUUAAAUUUAUUUUUAAUUUUUGUUAUUUGUUGUGUCCAUCUUUCUAGAUAACAGCGAGAGUGUUUCAUAAUCCAUAAUUUAGAGUGAAAAAAGAAUUAUUACUAUUUUUUUCUUCUUUUGUUAUUUCCUGUGAGUUUAAUUACGAUUUAACAAAUUUAUUGUUAUGUCGCCGGGAUACGGUCAGUCGGUGCGGCAGUGGUGGCCAGUUUGCUCGGAAUGUGUCGGUUGGUUAAAUAGUGUAAAUUAUUUGAAUUAACAAGUGAAUUAUUGUCAUAUAUGUAUUUAUGGAAGUUUUAUUAAUGCCGGCAUGCAGUGGGGGUGAAUAUAUCGCAAAGAAAACAACACAAGCAAAUAAAUAUUAUCUACAAAAAUAAUACACAACUUGCACAAAAUAUAAUAAAGACGAAGAAGGAGAAAAAGAGAGACAGUAACAAAAUAUGAUAACAAAAGACAAAGAAUGAAAUGAAAGAAUAAAAUAAAAGUGCAUGUUCAUCAAGAAUUAAAAUAAUAAUAAAAAUACACUCAAACUUGAGCUGGACUUGACUUGAGUGAAAAUCGUAAUAUUUAUGCACAUGCAUCGAAAAUAAAACAAAGUCAAUGUUAAAUAAAUGAAUGAAAUGGGAGAACAGCAAAAUGUGUGAUACAAUUAUUAUAACUAAUAUGACAGGCUGAUGGAAUUAAAAGAAGACAAUAAUUAUAAGAGCAACCAACACACCAAAGAAACUUACUUACAAAAGAAACAUAAUGUAACCCAAUGAAAUCCACAUCAAACUAUUAAACCUGUAGUAAGCAAAUUCCUAAACAAAGAAGUCCUUCCAAAAUAUUACAAUCAAAAAUCAAACAUUAAAAGUCUUAAAAAUACAGAAAUUUAAACAAACGCUUUCCAAACAUUUAAAAAUAUGACAGCAAGCGCAGAUUACCGAUUACUCGGAAGGCCAGCUACGGAUGGCUAUCGAACCUUAACCAAUCGUCGAUCUCUAGUCUGUCUAAUAGUUGGCCUUGUAGUGGGCUUCUGUUUUGCUGAAUUAUUCCUUCUAUCGACACCGAGACGUCCAGAAUGGAUGCCAUAUGUUGGCCAUGACAUUGGCAACAUCAAUGAUCCUCACAAUAGCCAUGAUUUGAUCGAGGAAUCUGGACCCGAUGGUGAAAUUGGGAUGCAUGCACAUUCCAAUGAGAACACUUCCAUAGCCAAUCAGUUGUACAAUGAAGUUCGGGUCUUAUGCUGGGUCAUGACCCAACCGAAUAACCACCAAAAGAAGGCGAGGCAUGUUCAACGGACAUGGGGCAAUCGAUGCAAUAAAGUGGUCUUUAUGAGCUCGAAAGAUGACCCGGAACUGGGAGCUGUAGCCCUGCCAGUUAACGAGGGUCGAAAUAAUCUUUGGGCCAAGACGAAAGAAGCCUUCAAGUAUGUCUAUGAGAAUCAUUAUGAUGAAGCCGAUUGGUUUAUGAAAGCUGACGAUGACACUUAUGUGAUUGUUGAGAAUUUGCGUCACAUGUUGUAUCCCUAUUCGCCUGAAGAACCAAUUUACUUUGGUUGUAAAUUUAAGCCUUAUGUUAAACAGGGUUAUAUGUCUGGUGGAGCUGGUUAUGUUUUAAGCAAAGAAGCUCUACGAUUAUUUGUUGAGAAAGCUCUAAGAGAACCAACAUUGUGUAGAGCUGAUAAUGAAGGUGCAGAAGAUGUUGAAAUGGGUAAAUGUAUGCAAAAUGUUGGGGUCUUUGCUGGAGAUUCAAGAGAUACAAAUGGACGGGGGAGAUUCUUCCCCUUUGUUCCAGAGCAUCAUUUGAUACCGGGACAUGCGGAUAAGAGUUUCUGGUACUGGCAGUACAUAUUCUAUGAGACUGAUGAGGGCCUCGACUGUUGUUCAGAUAACGCUGUGUCGUUUCACUACGUCUCACCAAAUCAAAUGUACGUCCUCGACUACCUAAUAUACCAUCUUCGACCGUAUGGUAUUGUUUAUAACUCAGACGUUCUACCACCAAAGAUCUCAAAAGAAGAAUAUCUAGCUCAAGGAAAGGCUAAACCUAAACCUAAACCUAAAACCGAAGUUAAACCAACUAAGCAGAAAAAAUAGUCAAAAAACAGCAAAAAUAAUUAAAAGAACUAAAUUAAAAACAAAAGCAUUGCAAAGACGAUCACUAACAUUGUGUUCACUCAAUAAUUACAACAAAAAUGAGAAAUAUUUAAAAAAAAGACAUCUUUAAUGUAAUUAACAAAAAUUACAAAAUUAUUUUUAAAAAAUGACUAAAAUAAAAUAAAAGACUUGAAUUUAAAAACAUUAAAAUAAUAAUAUUCCUUAAAAUCUUUGUCAUUUUAGUCCUUAAAGUUUAUUUGUUUGACAAAUGAAUAAAAUAAAAUGUUUGAGAUUCCUUCCUCCUCCUACUUAAAUAAAUAAACUUAUUUCUCCUAAAUAUUAAAUUAAUAUAAAAAUUAAAUAAUAUUAAUAUAUAUAUGUAAAUGUAUGCAUUAACUUAUACGUUACUCCCAUUGGUUUGCCAUUUUAUAAAUAUUUGUUUGUAUCUAAUUAUAAUAAUAAUUAACAAACACUCUAAAGCUCUUAAGCUUGACUGUAAAUUGUUGCACCAUAAAUAACGUAUUUUUUAGUUUUUUUAAUUUUCUGUUUACAAAUAAAAUUUGUUAAUUUCAAAAUAAAAAAAUUAAAUUAUAAAAUAAGGUUCUUGUAAAGUUAUGUAUACCAAAGAAUUAAUGAAUUCAAAAUAAAUAAAGAAUAACAAUAGCAAUUACAAAAAUCAUUAAAAAAUUGUAUUUUUUAAGUAAAUAAAUUUAUUAUUUAAUUUAAGUAUGUACCUAUAAUUAUAAGUACAAUUAUUUUAUUUAAAAAAAA